AUUAACCCAGUUGAACAAUCAGGAGAAGGAGUCGAGAAUUCGACGCUUUUGCCAAUCAAUCCAAUUAUAGAGUCAUACCACAACAAACCAACAUGCCACGCCUUCUCCUUUUCCUCCUGGCUUUUCUUUUCUGUGCAUCCUUCACACUAGCUUCUUCUCCUACCUCAUUCUGCAAAUGCACUUGCUUCUCAAAUAGCACCAUCAUCCCUCUCGAUCCAGACAAAGCAGACUCCUCAUCGUCCUUCAAUAGCAUGCUUAAUGUCCUGACUCGAAGUGAGGAUAUUGAUGCCGUCAAUGAGAAGAGGACCGGAAACUACCGUCCGCUGAGCUGUAACGACUGCAAUCGGAAAUUCUGUCUGGGCUAUGACCUGCCCACCUGCAAGGGUGCGAAAGAAGAAGAUGUUUUCACAACUUGUUUCCAAAGGGAUUCCAGAAAGGACGAGGCUAUAGUCUUUAUAUUUAUCAUUGCUACCGGCAGCUUGCUGCUGUGGGCUGUUUUGAAGCCGUGGGUGGAAAAGUGGCUGGAGGCUGCGCGAGAACGACGAUCUUACAUCCCUGUCUCCGAAAGUCCCCAGCUUUGAGUUUUGGGUUUUCUUCUCAACCAAGCUCUAUAUGUAUAUAUAUCGCAGGCGAUACCGACCUUAUGAAAUGUUUAUGUUUUCUACAAAAACAAAUUCUUAGUCUCUCUCUUCAUUGUCGCAUAAGUCGCGUAUUGCUUCUAUGUAACCCUUGAUAGGGGCUUGAUUAGUCAACAAAGCCAUACUAUGUACUCUUCAUCCAUCCUAGUCGAUGGAUGAUAUUGAGUAUUUGGCUGGCUGUUAAUCUCUUCGCUGAAGGAACAUUUCCACGCUUCAAGAUAGGUAGGCAAUAUCCGAGCAAAGCUUGGAGAGUCCUUACCACCUUCCACUCCUAAACUUAGCCGGCGGAUGAUGAACUUACUAGGAGCGUCCUCUGCAUUCGAAGGCUGGGUUCUGUCUGUUUUCCUGAAAUCUGAAGUGUUAGAUUCCUCUUUCUCUUUGUUGCAAAGAAGGAGCUCGGACCAGCGAGCUUUGCAGUGAGACCCCCCGCUAGGAAGUGUAAA